AUGCAGACGAUAAUAAUAUUGUGUCUAGUGGCCUGCAGUGUCCUCAUAUCAGGGCAACAAUACCUGCCCAUAGUGUCCAGCUCCUCCAUACAAUACACGAGUGACCCAGGACUGUGCAAUGUGAACAAAGACUACAUCCGCGAGUACCGGUCAGCUACUUACGACUUCUGCCUCUUCUCAUACAGACCCGUCGCAGUGAGAAGCAAUUUCAAUUUUGUAUACUCUCCCAUUUCAAUAUGGAUGAUGGUUGCCGCUAUAGCAGAAGGUGCUGAUCCUUUAACUCAACAGAAACUGUUCCAACUCCUACAUCUACCACCCCAGGACCCGUGCUUACGAUACGCGUUCUACCAGAUAGCGACCUCCCGCGCACUCCCAUCUAACGAAGUGAAUAUUAGAAACAAUCGCAUCUUAUUAAUCAACGAAGGCACAACCCUCAAUUCAACAUGGCAUGAUAUUGUUGUGAAGAAUUCUCUCCUCGAUGUGGUCACUGCUCCAAUCAAGUACAAUAGCGUGGCCACAGCUAACGAGAUCAAAAGGAUAAUGUCUGCGCGUCUUCCAACACUUAAUCUGAGUGGAAACUCAGUCCUUCUGGACACAAUAGAUUACAAUGGACUCUGGACUACAGCAUUCGCAGACGCUGUCAUAGAACGAGCACCGUUCUACAGCCACCGAGGGGAAGUAUUGGGGAGUGUGGAUAUGAUGAGAGUAAGGAGACGUGCCCGCAUGGGGUACAUCAAGUCAAUACAUGCAAAAAUAUUGGAACUGCCAGUUGGUGCAGAUGAACGUUACAGAAUGUUGUUCAGUGUUAUUAUUGGAAAUGCCGACAUCAAACCAGUAGUGGCUGCGGUGACCAGCGCAACGGUGUUUGAGAUGAUUGACAGUCUGCGGGAGAGUGCAGUGCCUAUAGAUGUAGCAAUACCACGCAUGGUGAUUUCGAGCGAGGUCGACGUCAGGGUGAUACUGGAAGAUAUAGGAGUCACAGAUAUAUUUACCGAUCCCUCCACCACUAGGUACAUAUCGGAUCCCCCGGCCUUCCCGAGCAGUUUCCUGCAGCGUGUCACCCUGGUGCUCAACAAUACAGGAUUAUAUGCUCCUCCACAAGAGCCGGAAAUCUAUAACGCCCCGACAGUGGCCAGUAGUGUCCUCAUAUCAGGGCAACAAUACCUGCCCGUAGUGUCCAGCUCCUCCAUACAAUACACGAGUGACCCAGGACUGUGUAAUGUGAACAAAGACUACAUCCGCGAGUACCGGUCAGCUAUUUACGAAUUCUGCCUCUUCUCAUUAAGACCCAUCGCAGUGAGAAGUAAUUUCAACUUUGUAUACUCUCCUAUUUCAAUAUGGACAAUGAUCGCUGCAAUAGCAGAAGGUGCUGACCCUUUGACUCAACAGAAACUGUUCCAACUCCUGCAUCUACCACCCCAGGACCCGUGCUUACGAUACGCGUUCUACCAGAUAGCGACCUCCCGCGCACUCCCAUCUAACGAAGUGAACAUUAGAAACAAUCGCAUCUUAUUAAUCAACGAAGGCACAACCCUCAAUUCAACAUGGCAUGAUAUUGUUGUGAAGAAUUCUCUCCUCGAUGUGGUCACUGCUCCAAUCAAGUACAAUAGCGUGGCCACAGCUAACGAGAUCAAAAGGAUAAUGUCUGCGCGUCUUCCAACACUUAAUCUGAGUGGAAACUCAGUCCUUCUGGACACGAUAGACUAUAAUGGACUCUGGACUACAGCAUUCGCAGACGCUGUCAUUGAACGAGCACCGUUCUACAACCCUCAAGGGGAAGUAUUGGGAAGUGUGGAUAUGAUGAGAGUAAGGAGACGUGCCCGUAUGGGGUACAUCAAGGCAGUAAACGGGAAGGUUUUGGAACUACCAGUCGGCUCAGAUGAACGGUACAGAAUGGUUUUCGGUGUUGUUAUUGGAAAUGCAGAUAUCAAACCAGUGGUGGCUGCGGUGACUAGUGAGACGAUAUUUCAGGUGAUUGACAGUCUGCGGGAGAGUGCAGUGCCUAUAGAUGUGGCGAUACCGCGCAUGGUGAUCUCCAGUGAGAUCGACGUCAAGGUGAUAUUAAAGGACCUGGGCAUCACUGAGAUAUUUACUGAUCCGGCUGCCACUAGGUACAUAUCGGAUCCCCCAGCCUUCCCGAGCAGUUUCCUGCAGCGUGCCACCUUGGUGCUCAACAGUACAGGAUUAUAUGCUCCUCCACAAGAGCCGGACAUUUAUAACGCCCCAACUGGUCUCAACUUGGCCCUUGGAAGAGAUUUCAUUGCCGACCGUCCCUUCUUAUUUAGUCUCUUCGAUACUGAAACAUACACUUGCAUCAUGGCGGCCGCAUACACUUCUCCCACUUAUACAUAAGCGGUUAGAAUAAACGACAACAACC